AUGGCAACCAAGUUGGUAUCACAUACAUCAUCAUCAUCACUAAAGGAUGAUAAUAAUAAUAAUGGGAAAAAGUACUUGAAAGAAACAAAUAAUAUAGUAGAUUUUGACAAGGAAAAGGAGAGAAACGAUGAUACUGGAUGGGAUUUUGGUGGAACGAUCAAUACAAAUACAUUGCACAAGAACGACAAGAAGAGUGGACAAUUGAUUGAUGAGAUAUCCGAUUUGAGGGACGUCUUGCGAAGAUCUGUCAUUGGACCGUUGUCAAGAGAGAUGAUAGAGACCUCUGAAGACUUUACUCACUUUACCGAAGAACAAGAAAAACUAUCAAAAUUAUCAAGACAUCAACAAUUACAAUUACAACAACAACAACAACAACAAAGACAAAAGAUGAAUAGUGUUCAUGCUGGAUCUUCAGCUGACAUUGUAGAUGAUGCACAUGGUAGCAGUCAUUACAACAACAACAACAACAACAAAGAUAUAGUGUAUGAUUCAUUAUUGGAAGAUUUGGCAAAUAAUUUGGCUGCAUUGGAUCAUCAUGACCAUCAAUCUAUUUCAUCUACCUCGCCUGCUUCUAAUGCACCCAUCAUCUCUACACCAACCAAGCCGACACCAACUACAUCUGCAUCUGCAUCAUCAGAGGCAACAGUAACCAUUACAAAGGAAAAGUUAAUCAAUCUAAUGAAAGAGUAUAAAAAGACAAAGGAUAAUCUUAAAGACCAUUCAUCGCAUAUUCAAGAGAUGGACAACCAAUUAAAUGAAGUCAAGGGUGACUUGGAAUUAAAGAAAAAGAAGAUUCAAUUACUUAAAGGUGCCGGUGCAGGUGGAGGUGGAGCAAGUGGAGGUACUGGUGCACCAGUUGAUAUUGAUCAAUAUCAACAAACGUUUAUAACAACUAAACCACAACAGAUCCAGAGGACUGCUAAUACGGCUGCCACAGCAGCUGGUCAGGGACAAGGACUGGAUAAAAAGAUAUCUCCAGUGAUUGGAAGAAUGAAGUCACACUCAAUAUCAACAUCUACCAAUAAUUUACAUCAACCUUUGCAACAACAACCAUCACUAUCUCAAUCACAACAACAAUCUCAACCACAACCACUUAAAAGAGAUAGUCAACUCAACUCAUCAAUUAAUAAUUUAUUGCAAACUGCUCAGACUGGUGUGAUUACAGAUGACAUUAAUACAAAGAUUAUCGAGGUACUGAAUACUGCCAAGUACCGAAUAGAGAGGGUACAGUUUAAGAACCGUGUGUUGUUGACGAGCUCGUUGCAUAGUCUGUCGACAGAAAUACACUCGAUCUUGGAACGUCGUGUGACAAAGCGUCAAGUGAAUGCCGAACUGCGUCAGAAUGCAGCGAUUGUGGCAGACUGCGAUGCCAUCAAGACAACGGUCACCAACUUUAUGAAUGAAUUGGAGCGUCAGAAACAAGGUGUAGAGAGCCAGUUGGAAGAAGCACACAAGAAGAAACUAUCGUUCAAGACCAAGGCUGAAAAGUCGCGUCGUGUAAUGGAGCUAGAUCGCCAACACCGUCAAAUUGAAAGUGCCAUCUCAUUCCUCAAGAUUGAAAAACGUAGUGUUCGUGAAUUAAGAGACCGUUUCGUAUCGGUGUGUAAUGAUGUGACACGGUUAUACGAAGCUUGUAACACUAUCGAAAGGGACUUGUCUAAAUGGGAUAUAGAGUUGGAACGUAUCUAUCUUAAAGUAAAAGACGGAAUCUUUUCCGAUUACUUUAAGUUGCAUCCAGUGUUCCAGUCGUGUUCGGCGCGUAUUAAAGAUCACGCAGGGGUCAAACAAGAUUUGGUACGUGAGUUGGCUAGAAGAGAGGCGUCGCGUAUCGCAUCGGAGAUUUAUGUGUCGGGUAUCUCACAGAUUCUCGAGUGUGGCACCGACCUCAUCACCGAUGAGCGUAUGGUCGACGUUGCACGUGUGCGUGGACUUGAGCAUCAAGUACAUAUGCUCUACCACGCCCUGCAUGACCAGCAGACUGUCAAAACAUUCAACUCUAUCAAUAACACGAGUAUUCAGAACCUAGAGCAACUACAACAUCAACACCAACCUACCUACUCUUCAUCUCCUCAACACUCACCUCCCAUGCUAUUUAACCAACUCCACGCAACCUCUGAAAAAAAGACAAAUUCUAUUGGAAGUAGUUCUUCAUCUGGAUCAUCUCAUAAUCUACGUGAACAACAACAACAACAACAGGUCAACAACAAGCCAAUGAGUCCGGUUACUCAACAUCAUAGAGCAUCCAGUCCAAUUCCAAUUUUGGCCAACUCUACUGGUGGUGGAGAUCGUGCAUCAUCUCCUCUACAACAAUCCAUGCACCAUCAGCAUCAAUCAUCUCCCAAUAGUUUUACAAGUAUAGCAGUUAACAAGCCGACAAAUAUGAAUACCAAUACCCCACCACUAACUGGGUACAAGACUGGACUGGUAGUAUUAUCAGGAUCAGGAUCAAUUCCAAAACCUCUACCUAAUCCACACACCAACACCAACACCCAAUAUCAACCAUCUCCACCAAAAGACAACUAUAACAAUUAUAACAACAAUGUGAUUGUGAAGCCCGAACAAGCAUCUCCAUUGGUUAAACCAGUAUCAAUUAAACCAGAUUCACCAUCAAUCAAUAAUAUUAAUAGUAAUAGUAAUAACAACAAGUCAUCACCAGUUAUAUCAAAAGCACCACCAACACCUAUUGUAAUAUCAGCAAUUGAUCAAUCACCAAAACAACGUAGUCAAUUAUCAAAUAUGAAUAUUUCUUCUUCCUCUUCAUCAGACAACAAUUCAAAUACUGGUCAAAUACAAGGAUCAUUGGUAAUGGAAACAAUGAUUAAAAAGUAUGAUGUAUUAUUCCCAUUUGGCCAACGUAGUUCAUCAUCACCUAUAUUGGCAAAGACAGCCACUUAUUUGGAUGCAUUGUCAGAGUUGACAGCAGAAGGUUUGAUUCAAAGUGCAAACAUUGCCUCUGGAUUUGAAGGAAAGUUUUAUAGUGAUUCAUUAAAGGUUAAUGGAACUGCAAUGAAAGCAGAUCAAGUUGAUGUUUACAUGACAUCUGAAUUGCUAAAACAUUUCUUUAGAGAAUCAAAUGAUCCAUUUAUUACAAAACAAGCUUAUCAAGAAUGGUUAUUAGCUGAAAAAAUUGAAGAAUUAGAUAAAAGAUUAAAUGCAAUUAAAUUAAUGAUUAUUAAAAUAACAGAUGAAAAUAGAUCGAUUUUAGCAUCACUUUUGAAAACAUUACAUAAUGUUGUAAAGUCAUCCAAUAAUAAUAAUAAUAAUAGUGAAUUGGUAUCUGCUAUAGCUCGUUCCUAUACUUGUCUCAUUUUAAGAUCAAAUUAA